ACCUUCCCAAUCAUAAUCAUCAUCGCCUACUCCCUCUCUCUCUCUAAAACCUCGCUGUCUUUCUCUAUCUAGCGGGUCGCGGUGAGUCGUCGUCGUCGUCGCCGGCGAUGGGGAAGGGAGGCGGGCUGAGCAAGCUGAGGUGCAUGAUCAGGAGGUGGCACUCGUCGAGCCGCAUCGCGCGGGCGCCGCCGUCGGCGGGGGAGCUGGAGGAGGGCUCUGCGGCGGCGGCGGGGAGGGCGGCGUCGUUCCACGGCGCGGACGAGGUGCCCAAGGGGCUCCACCCGGUGUACGUCGGCAAGUCGCGGCGGCGGUACCUCAUCGCCGAGGAGCUCGUCGGCCACCCGCUGUUCCAGAACCUCGUCGACCGCACCGGCGGCGGCGGCGGCGGCGGCGCCGCGACCGUCGUCGGCUGCGAGGUCGUGCUGUUCGAGCACCUGCUCUGGAUGCUGGAGAACGCCGACCCGCAGCCGGAGUCCCUCGACGAGCUCGUCGAGUACUACGCCUGCUGAGAAAGGCCGCCGCGCCGCGCCGCGCGGCUUACCUCCCCCCACCACCACCGGCCGUGACGGCGGCGGCGACGCGCCGGAGUUGGAAGCUUCCAGAAGCUGCGGUAAAAUCUUUCGAAAAAAAAAAUCUGUGUUUUGGUAGGGGUAGAAGUGAAAUUUCGGACGCCGGGGUCGAAGUGAAGAGUACGAAGCGGCAGCUAGCGUUUUUUUUUUACUUAACCCCGGCGUCGGUGCUAAUUGGGGAAUUUACCAUUUGUUACUGUGCUGUUAAUUCUCUGAUCGUUCAUGUAUUAGCUAUUGGGUUUCUCAUUAUUUCUUUAUUUUGCCCCAAAAUAAGAUCUAUGGGCAAACAUGCCCAUCGGUCCAAUGUACAUUCCAGUGUAAAAAAUUAUCAUGUAAUUGCCGAGUUAAUUUGUCACCUUCUGCUACAUUGUGCUUAAUAGAAGGCUUUCAUUAUA